AUGCCAUGGUCGAGCCGGAGCUCCAGCGCCAAAGAGCAACGUGGCAGCGCCGCAGGCCUACAGUUCCUGGCCAAGCCGCCAGGUGCUGGCACCAAAGCACCCUGGCCUUUGUUGCUUUUUCUGCAUGGUGCUGGUGAACGAGGUCAUGAGGAUGGCAGAGAUUUAGGGAAGGUCCGCUUGAACGGCCCAUGGGCUGCCAGUGGCAUUCAACGCUUCUUCCUGGUGGCACCACAAUGCCCUGAGGACGCCGUGUGGCCAGCCUUGGCCGAGCAAGUGGUUGCCCUUACCCGAGAGGUUCUUGAAACCUUUAAGCUGGAUGCUUCCAGGUGCUAUGUGACCGGCCUCAGCAUGGGCGGCUUCGGCGCCUGGGCCGCUGCCUCUCUGGCGCCCACGCUUUACACCGCUUUGGUGGCUGUGUGUGGAGGCUUCACUCGACCGCUUCCGAGGGACACGAGUCUCAAUGCGAUGCUGCAACUGGCCAAAGUGGCUCCCAAAGAGGAGGACCUUGAGAAGUUGAGAGAACUUCCCGUUUGGCUCUUCCAUGGCUUGAAGGACAAGAUCGUGGAUCCCGACGGUUCUCUGCUUCUCUAUGAAGCCUUGGGAGGCAAAGCUCGCGGGCGUGCAAAGCUGAAGUUGACCAAGUACGAGGACCUGGGACAUACGGUCUGGACGAGCGCCUACAAGACGUCAGAGCUGUUUCCCUGGCUGCUUCGACAGAGGCGUGGCAAGCCUGGAGGUGCAAAGGCGUCCGCCGACCCCGUGGCAGCGCCACACGGCGCGUCCGAGGAUGGCGCAGCAUCCGCGGGUUCCGCGGAGCUUCCGGCGAAGCUUUUGCAGCUCCUGGAACGAGGACCGGAGGUCGUUGCCCAUGCCCCAGAACCGCUCGCCUUUGAUGAAGAGUGGGAUGAGUGGGAUGAAUUGCAGCCCCAAGAUUUGGAUGCUGCUUCCGAUGCGUCAGAUGCUCCCAUUGAAAGCUUUUCGGUUGCAUGCAGCAGUGCAAUGAGUGCAAAACCAUGCAUUUUGGCAGACACACCUGAAGGAUGCAGAACCAUGCAUUAA